UCAGUUGCUUGCCGGAACUUUUACGUGUCAGUUGGGAGCUUGACGCGUUGAAAUUUUAAGUAAAUAAAAUUAAAUUGUGUUGCGCUUUAAAAAAAAAACACAACGUGCAAAUUGUUUUAAUACACGGUUUAUUUCCUCAUCGUCCAUAAUGCUUUUUAUGACAAAUAAAACGUUAAUAACCUUUUGGUUAGCUAUUAUUUUUGUGAUUCAGUGCCAAGAUUCAGAAUGCUACAAAAGUGAACUUGAAAUCACACCAUCACCUAUUGAGGAACCCACAACGAAAAAAUCUGGUUUCUUUAGCGGCGUUAAAAAUUUCUUCCGUGGUUCCCCGUCUACCACCGCUAUACCAACAGUUCAAAUCACUACACCUAACACACCAGGGUUAUCUAACACAAAUUUUGCUUCACCUGCACUUAGUAAUAGUGGUCCAACUGCUAACUUCAAACCACCACCAUUGACAAUAUCUCAUGCACCGUUAAUGCCAUUAGGACCACGACCAGAUACUCCUUUAUCUUCACCAUACGGAGGUAAUCCACAACAAGCACCACAAUGGCCACAACUUCAAACAACCACAACAGUACGCCCUGUACAAAUUGAUUCAACACAAAUUUCGCAAAAUGCACAAACAAGUAACGCAAAUUUUGGUGGUGGACAACGUGUAACACAGCCUGGACUACCACCAGGUUUCGCACCAUAUCGUCCUCCAAAGCAACAACCCUCAGGACUAGAUCUUAGCUAUGGGAACGCAGCUUUAGCUGGUGGUCAUUAUCAACAUAGUAACAAAGGGUCAAAUUCUGGCUUGGCACAUUUCACUAGUAGUACUACAACAACUACAUCGAAAUCUGUGCUACCACAAUCUUUUACCAGCACUACUACAGAACGUUCUCUAAAAACUAAGGAAGACUUUCCUGCUCUUCCAGCACCACGUCGACCAUCAGCAGGAGCUAAAGAAGAUUUUCCACUCUUACCAACGCCAAAAUCAUCUAUUUCUAUUCCAUAUUCACCUCAUGGAUCACCAUCACCUUGGAGCUCAUCAAUUCCUCCAAAUGAUUCCAACAUUUCUAUUAAACAACCCACUACUCCUCGAUCACCAAUGCAACCAAGUUCUCCAAGUCCAUCUCCUACUCCAAAUAGAGUCGCAUUCGUACCCCAUGCUCCAAGUACAGGCACAACAACAACAGUACGACCAGGAAUGACAAAUUCAGAUAAAUCACUUGCCACAGACGAUGAACUUCGUGCAUUCUCAGAAAAUCUAUACGCUAAGGAGGUUAAUAGUCAAUUGACUUUAAUUCGUAUCAAUCCACAAGGAAAAACUCGUUCAAUUGAUUCUACUGACGAAGCACCGCUACCCUUACUGGAUGUUGACGCAAAAGCUUUCGAUAUACCAACAAUUGCUAAAAUGCGUCUUUUGUUUAACAAUUAUGAAAUGGACACAAUGGUUAAUGAGCACGUGUCGCCAAAUGAACAUAAGGAAGAGAACGACUUUUUGGAUGCAGUAAUGGCCACAUCUGUUAUGCGUCAAGCUAUGCAGUUUUUACAAACCAAAGGUCUCGUUUCACCUGACCCAAAAACACACCGUGAUCUUGUGAAGGAGCUCUGGUUCACACAAUAUUCGAGAGGAAAUGGUAAAAUUGGCAGUUCUGGCUUUGAGCAUGUAUUCGUUAACGAAGUAAAAAAUGGUACCAUUAUUGGACUGCAUAACUGGGUAUAUUUUUAUGACGAGGAAAAGGCUGGUCACCUGAAUUACAAAGGAUAUUUAAACCAGCUAGAUUUAGGAUCGAAAGGAAAAGUUCUCAAAGUGCGUUUUACUCACAACGGAUUGAAUAAGCCAGUUAACACGCUUUUUGUCGGAACUUCUCCUGAACUUGAAUUAGCAUUGUACACUGUUUGCUUUCAACUUCGACCAGACAGAACUUGUCCUGUGUCUUUAGGAAAUAAUAAAUUUGGUAUUGUCACAUACUCCUGGCGAUACAGAGGAAAGAGCUUGAUUGGCAGUGCUUAUCCGGAGAUUUAAUUUCAAUAUUUAUUACAACCAAAAUUUUUAUUUUAAACUUAUCAUGUUUUAACUUUUGAGAAUCUUAAUUCAAUGAAUCUGAGAUCAA